AUGCCCAAGACGGCAGGCAAUGAAUUAGGGACGGGCAUCCCGGACAACAGAAGAGAUAAGAAGCGAGCGACGGACCGUGUCGCUCAACAAGCCCAUCGAAAGCGUCAAAAACUACAACUAGAGGAGUUGCGGGCAGAAGUCGAGUUUCUGAAGACAACACACACCUCAAAACAGGUCCAAAUCCUUUUGCAAGAAAAUGAAGCACUUCGCCGCGAGCUCGAAUCACUUCGCUCCUUCGCCUCCAGUGUAGAGUCGCUUGUUCUGGCCCGCAACAGCUGCGACAACAGCCGAGAAGGCUCAAUUCGAUGGGUUCGAGGCUCUCACUCGUCGCUCAGUCCGACAGAGAGUACGAUCAUUCCAGCACAACCAGAUUCAUGUGCUACUAAUGACGCCCAUCGCGAUGAUAUCCGGAAUGAGCAAGCUAUCGACGAUGAGUUCUGCGUCUCAGUGGGCCUGGUCGGUGAUUCGCCCUGCUCCAACUCGGUCAAUGUUACCACACAGGUGGCUUCGCGUUCCUUUGGAUCUACACAGGAUUUACACAACAUGGGGCUUGCUUCGGCCCCAUGUAUUAAUCCUCACAGCAUGCGAGCCUCAGCCACGGAAGACGUACCUGGCUUCGAACAAUCCACUUGGGAUCUACCCGCAGAUAUCAUGUUCGAAGACUGUUAUUCUCAGCUGCAAAAUUAUCCGGCCGGAAAUCCGAACGGAAGUGUCCCAACUGGCGUCCAAUCUCAGGAAUGUGUUCCUUUCGCCAAAGACAAUGAAUCCCCGGAACUUGCAGUUACGAUGCAGCCUGGUUUCUAUGAAAGUGGUCAGUUCGUGCCCGACACAGCCUUCACAUACUCGUUUGAGAAUAUCCACGAGGAAGUCCGCAUGCCGGGCAGAGCACCAAUCGCAUCUGACGCUGGUGUGUCGCAUUCAAAUUGCAAGCAAGACAAAAGGACUCAAACGAUUCAAUCCUGCUUACUCAACCCUCCAUUACCACAAGAUGCGCCAUUGUACAACAUGUUGAUGUGGGUAAAAGAGGAUCUUUCCAACGCCAGCUCUGUACCUCGAAACGGUGUUUCAGAGCAUUUGUCAAAUCUCCUGGCAACUGGCUUGAAACGGAUCAUGAGGACUUGGCUUCGAUGUCGACGUGAUGCAACAUCCGCCGGCGUCUUCUACAUGAUGCACCUUGCACUUCAGUGGCAGGUGCUGCAAACUGCGGAGGCGCUCCAGAAGCUUCCGGUUUGGUAUCACCCAACGGCGCUGCAGAAAGGUGUCCCACACCCUAUCAUCAUAGAUUUCAUAGCAUGGUAUGUAUUGUUGGCCGCAGCUAGCUGUGACGCUUCGAGCUCACGUAUCACUAUCUAG